GGCAUCAUCAGCAGCAGCAGCAGCAAAGAAAGAGAGGAAGGGGGCGGCAUACUCUGCUUCGUUUUGGUCUCGGCUUCUGCUCUGCUCGGCGUCCAAUCCCAUUCAUGGCAGCAGCGAUGAUUGGGAUUUCUGCUUUACGUUCCCUCCACCCGCUCCCUCCCACCUUCUCGGUCUCGGCCACGGCUCCUCCCCGCGCCACGUUGCGGCUGCGGCUGCCGCUGCCGUUGCAACAACCCCGCUCCUGUACGUCUCCACGAUGCCGAUGUCGACGCCGCAGCCUUGCCCAUUCUACUCCCCGCGGUGCCACGGCAGCUGCAGCGGCAGCUUCUUCGGAUCCCUCAGGUGCCACCGGCUCCGCUGCCUUCAUGGCAUCGGCUCCCGACAAUGCCGCCCUCCGCCACCGCCUCAUCGCCCCCAAGGCCACCGCCGGCACCGGAGACGGCGCCGCUUCCGGAGGCCUGUUGCCCAGCGUUCUUGGGAUCGCGCAACUGGCGGUGUCGCUGGGCCUCGUGCUGGCCACGGACAAGUACCUGAAGCAGGCGUUCGUGGCCGCCUCCAUCAAGUUCCCCAGCGCGCUCUUCGGCAUGUUCUGCAUCUUCUCCGUGCUCGUCGUCCUCGACCUCGCCACGCCGGCGCUCGCCAAGGGGUUCAUGGACUUCUUCGAGCCCGCCACGCUCUUCAUCCAGCGCUGGCUGCCGCUCUUCUACGUCCCCUCCCUCGUCGUCCUGCCGCUCGCCGUCAGGGACGUCCCGGCUGCCGCCGGCCUCAAGAUCUGCCUCAUCACAUUUGCUGGCUGGUUAGCUUCGCUCACGGUGGCGGGAUACACGGCGCUAACGGUGAGGAAGAUCGUCAAGACCGAGCUCAUCGCGGCGGAGCCGAUGGGCAAGCCGUCUCCAUUCGCCACAUGGGAGUUCUGGGCGUGGGGCGCCGUCUUUGUGGCCUCGUUCGCGACGGCGAUUGUUAACCCCACGGCGCUUGGCACCACGGCGAAAACAUGCCUUCCGUUCAUGCUCGCCUCCACUGUACUGGGAUACAUGGUUGGUUCUGGGCUGCCAUCUGGUAUCAAGACAGUGUUGCAUCCGAUCAUCAGCUGCGCGCUUUCUGCUAACUUCUCGGCGGUAGCAUACGGGUACCUCUCCGGCUCUGGAAUGGAUGCCGCGCUAGGUGAUUACCUGACAAAGGUGCCAUCGAAUCCUGGAGCUGGCGACGUCCUGAUGGGUUUCCUUGGGUCUGUCAUCCUAUCGUUUGCAUUCUCAAUGUUCAAGCAGAGAAAGCUUGUGAAGAGGCACGCGGCAGAAAUUUUCACAUCCAUCGCCGUGGCGUCGACAUUCUCUUUAUACUCGACUGCUAUCCUAGGACGCCUGAUCGGGCUAGAGCCAACAUUAACCAUCUCAAUCUUACCAAGGUGCAUAACUGUUGCGUUGGCACUGAGCAUAGUAUCUUUCUUUGAAGGUGCAAAUACUUCGGUAACAGCUGCCGUGGUCGUCCUCACGGGCCUGAUCGGUGCAAACUUUGUGCAAGCGGCCAUGGAUAAACUUGGCCUCAACGACCCCAUCGCUAGAGGAAUCGGAACAGCUUCCAGCGCUCAUGGUCUGGGAACGGCAGCGCUGUCGGCCAAGGAGCCUGAGGCGCUCCCUUUCUGCGCCAUCGCCUACGCGCUCACCGGCAUUUUCGGCUCCCUGAUUUGCUCCUCUUCGGCCGUCAGGCAAAGCCUUGUGUUCAUAGCCGGCUGACAGACAUGUAUACACAACGACAACAACCUGUGAUUAGUUUCUUUUUUAUAUAUAUAUAAGAGAAUGGGAAGUGGUCAGGGAACAAAAGUGCAAAUUUUGGGUCGACAUGUACAGAUCGAUGGUUGAAACAAGUGAAGAUGUCACCGUGCGACUUGCUUGUGUGCCUGC